AUUCUUGUGCAAGUCAUUACAUGAUAUAAACCAAUAUGGUACACAACAUUAUGAAUCCACUUGGUAAAAUGGUUAUGGCUUUGUUGUUGUUUGUAACCCCCGUAGAAUCAAUGGCUGUCAAUGGUUUAAAUCAACAAGUACAACGGGACAUUGGGGCCAUCGGCGCUGGUGGACAAGCACUGGAUUUAGCCUUUGUUAUGGACUGUACUGGGAGCAUGGGAUCGUAUAUAGAUACCGCCAGAAAACAUAUUCAGGCUAUUGUUGACGAAAUUGUGACUUCUUCUAACACCACCGUUCGCUUAGCUUUGAUUGAAUAUCGAGAUCAUCCUCCAGAGGAUAAUACCUUUGUUACAAAAACAUAUAAUUUCACAGAUUCCGUGUUCAUGAUGAAAAUUUGGCUAAAUGCUGCGCGCGCCUCUGGAGGUGGUGAUGGUCCCGAGGCAGUGGCUGAAGCUUUGUUUAAAGCCACGAAACUGUCAUGGCGUCCCGAGGCUACCAAAAUAACUGUUCUGAUUUCUGAUGCACCUCCCCAUGGACUUGUUCCGUCACAAGACAGUUCGUUCCCCAACGGAUCUCCUACUGGGCACGAUCCAAUGAAGAUAGUUCGUGACUUAGCUCAAAUGGGGGUGACCUUAUAUGUUAUUGGUUGUGAACCCGCUAUACUUCCAUAUAAAGACUUUUUCAUGGCACUUGACUAUUUGGCCGGUGGGCAAUACGUACCUCUGUCGAGACCAGAGCUUCUAGUAGAUGUUAUAACAGGCGGGGCUAAAGAAGAACUAUCGAUUCAGAAAUUCGAAAAACUUGUGAAUGCUGAGGUCCAGAAAGCUAUUGCAGCAGGAGGCACUGUUGAUAAACAAAAAAUUUCACAAACUAUAUAUAACCAGCUAGUAAAUACGGGAGCAACGUCAACUCAUUUGUUAUUAAACAACGCAACGUUAGAAGGCACAACUGAUGCUGCAAAACAAAUAGCAUCGGCUACAUCUAUGGCGGAAGUGCGACUUCAUUUUCAUAUGGCCACUGCAAAACCUGUCUUUUAUCCAACAUAUGUUCCAGGACACGGCGUUUAUCCAACGUAUGCUCCAGGACACGCUUAUCUUUCAGGGACGUUUGCACCUCGUCCUACACUUGGUCCAAUAUACACUUAUCCGCCAGGAUAUACGGGGAAGACUUUUCCACCAACUCUACUACCAACUUUCGCUCGAUAUCUUACUCCAGGUCCAGGAUACACAUAUCCACCUUUUAAACCAGCUGUUUUAACAGGAUCAGGAGGCUCCGGUUCUGGAACAGGCACAGGAGCUUUAACAGGAACGGGAGGAUCCGGUUCCGGUACCGGGGACACAUAUAGUGCUGUUCAUUCGGGAAUUAGUAUCGAUCAAGUCGAUAGAUUAGUACAGAAAGCUUUUGGUUGAUUUCACAUCUAACCGUUGGAUUACGGAUUAUUAUAUCAAUAAGUUCAUAAAUCAUAAUAAAUAUCAAAGAAUAA